GCUUGAUUCUUUUUAUAAUUUAAAAAAGUGAAAAAUGUCCAGACAAGGGUCUGAAAUAAUGAAAUAAUAGUGUUGGUGAGGAGAUUUACUCCAGGAAAACGAGAUUUAAUUGCUUUUAAAAUCCUGGCUACUGCCGGAUAACGGAAAAACGAGAUCAACUAAAGGCGUGCAAUCAAAUCGAGUGUGAAAGAAUUAGGGUUUCUGUCGUCAUUUUCAUGAAAUAGGUGAUUCUAUCUUACGGGAUAAGCAAAUUGUAGCCGAAAUGGAUGAUUCUAGGAGGCAGACCACCAUGGGUCCACCGGCGCCAGUGGCCUCCAGUCCCAAUCAACCAAAUCCUAGUAAUGCCACUAUGGCCCCUGCUCCACAAGCCACCAGAAAUGCAGCUCCUCCCAAGCGGAUAAUUAAGAAGAUUCAGCUGGAUUUCAACAAGCUAAAGGAAGCGGGACUUGACAGGCAGUUGGCCGAGGUCCUGAGGAAGCAGAAACUGGAAGCCAAGAAGGUGGACACCCCGUCAUCCAGUAAACCUUCCCCCUCUGCCGCUGCGCAGUCGACGUCGACCGCGACAGAGAGCAAAUUGCAGUCGCAACAGCAACAAUUGCGUCAGCCUGCGCCGCAACCCUUGGUGAAACGUAUUAUGAUCUCGGAAUUUAUCGAAAAAACGGUGCCGAUCCAGCCGAUUCCUAAUCCAACGGAUGGCGACCGUUCGAAGCAAGUCAAGGCGCUAUUAAAGAACAGGAUACUUAACAAGACCAUGGCUAUUGGCACGCAGCCCCAGCAGCAGCCGACAACCUCCAAGGCAGCUUCUAAGUUGCCAUCAUCUUCUGCCCAGGGAUCAGCUCCUCGCAGUGUAGCAAUCCCUACAUCUCCUGCUGCCUUCUCUGUGCCUAUUGCAAAGGCGGACUUGACUGUGCGCCAAAAGCAGCCACCACUGCUGCUCAAUCUGGUGAAUCAACUGCCCAAACAUCGAGACUUGUGCGGAUCGAGUAACAAGCAGUUGAUGAAUCAGAAAUCUACACCUGAACAGCAGUCUGCACAGUUUUCAAUCCAGCAAGUUUCGCAAAGUUCCCAAAGGAUCCCGGUACAGCAACCGUCGCAUUAUUCCUCUCAACUUCCUACCCAACAUCAGUCGCUGAUACGACCUCCACCUCCACAAGUUUCGAUAGCUCAAGCAGCUUCUGCGGUCCCCAUAAGACUCCACAAGAGCCCUUCACCACCACUGAUUGUGCUGGAGAACAAGGUGUUGGCACCCAACGAGAAGAUUGAUUUGAGUGGGCUGCGACUGCCAAACGCUCCAGUGACAACCACUGUGAUACAGGUGAAACCUAUGGAAACACCCGUUCAACCCACUAUCCAAUCCAAAAGGAUCAUGGGCAAGGUUAUUAUGAACGCCAAUAAGUUAAAGGUAUCGAAGGAGAAGCUGGCCGAGAUGGCCAAAGAGAUUCGCAAUCAGGCGGAGCAGGUUAAACUCCCGCAAACACUGAAGCCACUUAAUUCAAAGGACCUUACUCCACCAAUUGAAACGCCUCUUGCCAUUAACUCAAUACUUCAAAGAAAACAUACUCCACUGUUUGCUCCACAAACUGUUGAGGAAAGCACCGUUCCUGUACAUAGUCCGGCUUUAAAUAAAAUCAACGAGUUGUCACCUUGUACUGGUUCAAAUCUUCAAUCAAAGCCAUUACCUGCAGAUAUUUCUCCUCUUCAAUCAAAUCCAAUACCUGCAGAUAUUUCACCUCUUCAAUCAUAUGAAACUACAGUUGCAAAGGACCAUCCUGAAGAGGAGUCAAUGCCAGUGUAUAUCCCGUCAGUUCCUGAGCCUGAACAGUUGCCUGGAUCUGUAUCUGAGACAUCAAGCACGCUUCAUUUGUCUGAAGACGUUCUUGCUACAUCUGAACCAAAAGAAUAUUGUGAAGAGAUGGCAAAUAAAUCAAGCCCGAUCAAACACGCAGGAUGCAUUUCAUCAACUUUGGAAACGGAAGAAGUGAACACAGUUCCAAACCCUCUGGAUUUCCCUGUAUAUAUUCCCUCAACUCCGGAGCGAAAAGAGCCAGCCUCGGUCUCUUCUGAAGCAAUACAAUAUCCUGAAAAAAUUACUUCUGAAUAUAUUUCUUUGACCCCGCAAGUAGGAGAAUCAACAGAUGGGACAAACGCUGUUGUCUUGCCCGAACCAGAAAACUUGCAGGGGCAUGUGUCCAUGGAACCCAGUUAUCUUGACUUGCCAGUCUGUAUUCCUUCGACUUAUGAAACGAAGGAGCUAAACGAAAGAGAAUCUUCAGAACUUAGCCAUCCCGACUUGCCUCCUUACGUUCCUUCAGCUUCAAAACUAGAUGAACUUCCUGUAAGGCCUACUACGCAGCCAAGCGCUUCGAAUUGUUCAGCGCCCACUUCACCAGUGUGUAACAUCAAGUCCAAUUCUCAGGUGGCCCCAUCACCAGUGCAAAAAGUCCAAUCCGCAGUGGAUUUUAUAGCCCAACUGACUGCAGAGAAAGAUCUAGACGAAAGCAGCUUCAUGGAACUUUCGCCGGAGGAACAAAGAUUAAACGCUCUUUUUGGAGGAGGUAGUUGUUCUUUUACUGGUGUCUCGCCCGUCAAGAAGUCUCCCCAGGCUGAGAACGAUUUUACUGGUGUGUCGCCCGUUAAGGAGUCUCCCCAGCUUGAAGACGAUUUGCCCAUUGGAAAGAUUGUCAAAUUGGAUGAUAUGAAUAUACUGCACGCUACUUUAGAUGUAAACAGCGAUAGUGCAAACAUACUUCGCAUCAGUCCAAAUGCGAUGAUGAUGCAAAGCAGUGUGGCCACGAUGGAUAUGUCAUCCCUGGAUGUAGAAGGUGUUGCAGACUCAGUUCUGGAGGAUGCAAAUGUGCAAGUCAACUUACCAAAUCCUCCCGAUAAGAUUGAAACUGAAACAAGAACUCUUGAUGAAGCCAAAGAGGAAACAGCUAAUCUAGACUUACCCUCAACUGUGGCAGGAGAACCUCAAAAGAUAAAAGAUUCUGAAAGGUCUUUGGAGGAAAUAAAGUCAGUUUCCGAUCCAGAGCCUGUGAAGGAUACCAGACCCGUAAAAAGGGCACCUAUCAGAUCCAAAAAAGCUAAAAUUAAUUUAGUGCAACGUACAAAAAGACCGAGCAUCCCAAAGCCCUUUGAAGCAAAGAAGACAAAGCUAGAAUUUGAGGAGGACGAUGAGCAGACGACGGCUAUCGAUCACAGCUUGCUGGAGGACCGAUACGGAGUCGCAGCAAUCGAGGUGCCAGCAGAUGAAGAAGAAGUCAAUAAGUCCCGAGAAGAAGUUGCUAGUCCACAUGAUGAAGAUUCUGCAAAUAUCCCACCCGAAGAAGAGGAAGUCGAAAUACCAAAACUGAAUAUCCAGGAAGAACAAGAAAUUACAACCAAGUCAUCCACUGAACGAGAUCUAACCCAAUUGUAUCAUCCUCCUAAAAUGCCCAAAAGUAAAGCCAGUACACAGAGCAGUAGUCAGGAGGCCCAGGAGGAUUCACAACCCGCAACAUCAAAAAAUAUUGUCUCCCUAAUAGAAGUCCUCUCACAGGUUCCGCCUAUGCCCCAAGGCGAGGCCCAAUUGCCAUUUCGCAAGGAGUCCAGCGAGUUAAAUUCCAGUGCCUAUAGCUCUCCUAAUGUCACAGGAAUACAAAAUUUACUUGGGCACUUGACCGCCGAGAAGGUGAUUCCCCAAACCAAGAAGCUAUCGCCAAUACCUAAAUUAGAAGAACCAACGAAACCAGUACCCCGCAAAAAACUUGUCAAAACGCGACCUGUUCUCAGCAAAAGAUCCUCAAAAGUGGCGCAGAAAAAUGCACCAGAAAAGCAAAAUCAUUUUGAAUUUCUCCAUCCAGUUAGUGCAAAUGUGGGAGGUCGCAUUCCCACUUCCAGCACAAGUGACGAUGAUGGUUCCAUAUUUCUGGGCUUCGAUGACAAAGAUGAAAAGCGUUCCAAAACUCCUGUAAGAAGCAAGCGACUUAAACAAAUGAAGAUCAACGAAACGGACAUAAGCGAUGACGCAACUCCCGAUUACGACGAGACUGAGGAGGAGCAGCAGUCUGCAGAGACACGUGGACCAGUUAAAAAUUCCGAGGUUGAUACCCAGUACACUUUCAAGAAGCAUACCAUUGUAGAACCAUUUUCCGAUGAUUCAAAUAGCAGUUACGGCGCUCCUACGAGUCCAAUAGAUUUUGGGGAUAACGUUUCGACGGAUGGAAACCAAAGGUGUGACGAAUAUCCAAUGGAGCGAUCGACUACAUGGGAAGCACUAGUAAAUGAAAAAUCUACUGAAGUUUGUAAUGACGAUGGGGUAUGUGAUGCCGCAGUCGGUUCAAUUAUACCUACCCUAAAUGAUUCGAGAAUUGCAAAUCCUCCCAAAACUGAUUUGGAGACCAAUUCACCUAGCAAUAUUCCUAAAGAGUCACUUUUGGAACCUUCCAAUAAAGACACGGAACAAAAAACUAAUACUGUUAUAGAGGAAAAACAGCCGGAUGCUUUGAUUAAAGAAAAUGAUUUAUCAAUGACUGACAGUAAAUUACGGAGGAGUAGGAGAAGGUCAUUUAAAUCAAUUGUAAUUGCUGGUAUAGGAACUCCAAGAGAAGCUUCUACAAGUAAAGAAAGUUUAACGAAUAUUAUAACCACGAAAAAACGACAGACGCGAAGUCGUUCAAAAUCUCCAGCAUCCUUAGAAAACACAGAGCUAAAAGGAGUCUUGGAAGAAGUUAAUGCGUCUGAAAAUGUAAAUGUACCUCCACCGCCAGCUGCAAUUUUGAAACAUGUGGAAAAUAGAGAUUCAAAGGAAAAGCUGAAAGAAGAAGAAACCAUUACAAAUUCUGGAAAUACUGUAAAGUCUAGGGGAAAACGGAAGUCUCGGAGUAGUUCUAAAGAAUUUACUGCACCCGAAGCAAUGAAAUGUACGGAGCAACUUUCUGAAACAGGUGCUCAGAAAAAAGAGGAGGAGAUUAAAGCACCCGAGGGAAGACUUGAAGGAGUGGAAGCUCCAGAGAUACAUCCUUCGCCUAUAACGACAGCAAAGAAUAUGGAAAAUAAAGAUUCUAUAGAAAAUCAGGAGGAAGAAAAAACCAUUGAAAAGUCAAAAAUAUCAAGAGGAAAACGAAAAUCUCGGUGUAUUGCGCCAAAAAUAAAAGCUACUCAAACUGAAUCGGUGGCAAAUCCAGACCUCAUUUCAGAAAAUAAAGGGGCUUCUACUGGUGAUACAGAAAAACUUAAAGCACAAGAGGAUAUUAAAUCUCCUGAGAAAGAUGUACCUCCAGCAACAGCAGAAAAUACAAAUUCAGCGGAAAAGUCGCUAGAGGAGCCACAAACAUCUAAAAAAUCAAAAGGAAAACGAAAAUUCCGCUCCACUACACCAAAAUCUGAAGUGCCACCCGUGGUUCAACCCGAACCAGUUGAAAAUCCCGAACUUCUAUCUGAGAAUGCCAGUUCUAGGAAGGAAGGGGAUACAAAGCGAAAAACUCGGAGUAAAACGCCAAAGCUACAAGUUCCAUUAGUUACCGUACCUUCUGUUACCGAAAAUGAACCAGUUAAAGGUUCAGAGGAAGCGAUUAAAGAGGAUAGUUCCCAAAGACCGAAGAGAAAAAGACAUUCCCGUUUUAGUAAAGUUGAUCCAACUUCAAUAACUCCCACAGUUUCUGAGCCUGAAAAUGUAACCGACAUUGUUAAUAAAGAUUCAGGGAAUAUGAUGGCCACAGUUAUAGCUUCCGAGGAACCAAAAGUAAAUGUCAAUCCGAAAGGAAGCCGAAAAUCUCGAAGUAAAUCGCCAAAAUUAGUUCCCCAUGUUGUCCAUACUGAAGACGUUGUAGCAACUGAGGGAAACACUUUGAAUUCCGAUUUACAAGAGAAACUGGACGAUGUUGAAGCUACCGAAGAAUUAAACCAGCCAACAAAUGAUGUAAAAACAAAGAAAAAACGUCAAUCCCAAAGUAGGACAUCGAAAGUAACAGUUUCGCCGGUUACUGAAGUCGAACCGCCUCCCAAACCUAACUUAAGUCCAGAAGAAUCACUUACAGAGAUUAAAAACGAAACAACUCAAGCCGCAGAUGAACCUAUCCAGCCAACUACAUCUAAAAAGUCAAGGGGAAAAAGGUCCACUAUCAGUUCAAAGGCAUUACCUCCAGCAGAAACUCAGCCGGCAGUGGUGACUAUACCACCAGAAGAACCUCGCCCAGUUGAAGCUGAUUCUUUGGUGGCGCGGGUUAAACGGAAGAGUCCAUCUCGUUAUGGAUCAGUCCCACCAGACACUCCCAUCUCAUCAGUUAGUGCCUCCGAAGAAAUUGCAAUUCCCGAGUCUGCUCCUAGGAAGGGCAGAAGAAGUAAUGCAGCUACCACACCAGUGCUAGCAUCAACUCCGAAGUCACGCAAAUGCAGGACCUCAAAUUUGAGCGAGAUGUCUUCACCCAUAUGUGAAGAGCCAAAGGUUCCAUCAAAAAGGGGAAGAAAGCGCGCUGCUCCUGCUGAUAUGGAUUCAGAGUCAGCCAAGAAACAGAAGACUGAAGAGAGUUCGGAAACCGUAAGUGUAGUGGACUUUAAUCUACGGCUGCUGCUCAUAAGAAGGCGAGAACAGUUGGACACGGAAGAAAUCUUAACAGAAGAUGGCAAGGGUGAAGGUCCUCAGCAAUGUGGUUUGUGUUUGGCUCGCAGCGACAAGAACAAUUGGCUUCGUCAUCUUGGAGAGCAUUAUGGAGUGGGUUGGCUUGUGGGAGAAACACCCAAGAAAAUCACGCGUACUUCUGUGAUGAAUAUGAUGAAGAAUUAUCUCCAGAAUAGCGGCGAAAAGCUAAAAUGUCGUCUGUGCAAUCACCAAUUGGGAUCUUACCUGGGCAUGAUGCUUCACCUGGAGGGUUGUGGCAACAAGCAGCGCCUGCUGUGCGAUUUCUGCCAACGCUCUUAUACCAAACUCUCACUACCGAGUCAUAUACGUACCUGUCCAAAGCGCCAGGCGUCCCGGAUUGAGGAAGAUUCGGAGCCUGCGGAAGGAAAUGUUGGUGAACCGGUAUACAGCAAUGCGGGCCGUGCCAAACGGAAGUCUACUAUCAAGGCUGAAACAAAAUUAAAGAAAAUAGGAGAGCAUCUGACUUUGCAAAAGCCGGGGGAAGAGAGUUCCGCCAAAAACGAUUUCGAUGGCGAUUCCUCGGACUACGAUAUGACCAAGGACAAGGAGUCGUCUGAGGAAUAUGACUCGGAAGGAGUUGAUUCCAAUGAGGACUCCUUAAGCUCCGAGGAUGAGGGCAGCCUGGCUGAAAACUCUUCCACAACCAAACGAAAGAAAUCAAGCAGACGUGGAGACAUUGACAGGAAGAGGACGCUUAAACGGGCAGUUAACCUGGGAGAAUGUCUCCAGAAGCCUUUACUCUCACGAUAUCACCACUUGGAGGCUAGGGCGACUCAUAAAUGGAACGAAUUUGUGCACCUCAAUUAUAACACUGAUCUGUUGUUCGCCGAACUACUGCCAAACUUUGCGAAGGUUUCUCCACAGGAGGCUAAUGCUUUGCUGCCCUCUAAGGACACGGCAUCCAUGCGGUAUGCAUAUGGUAAAAUAACCACCGAAGACGUGUGGAAGCAAUUGGCACCGUUUGAGGGCUUCAAUAAAGAAGGUGAAUAUGUGGGCUACCUGGGGCAGUCUAUUAAACAACUCGCCUGGGUGCCGCUACCGCCGAAAGUUAUGAAUCAGUAUUUGCUGUGCUCCCUGCGUCCAAAGAUGAAAUCCUUUGCAAGACAUACAAAAUUAAAGGACGAAGAUGCCCUCUUGAUGCUGCUGAAAUGCACGGUUUCUGCCGGCAAACAGACGAACAAAUCAUGGACCAUUCGACCGGAGCUUCAUUAUGGAAUUCGUGUGCCCCAUGGGCCAGUCAACAGUUUCUGCUUUUUGCCCAGCGGUGGCUAUGAUACAACAUCGAAUCGUUUGGGUCUUUUGGCUGUGGCGAAUUCCUUGAGUGAUGUCUGCAUUUAUGCGCUGCCUUUGGAGCUGGAAAAAGAUGUGAACGCAGAGGAGAAUGUUGUAAUUCAACUCCAAUCCUUGAUUAUACUCAGUUUGGAUGUGAACAAUCCUGUUCAGGAUCAGUGCACCAAAAUUUGUUGGUCGCAGUCAUUGGGACACAAUUUCAUAGCUACGGGCUAUAGCAGUGGCUACAUUGCGUUUUGGGACAUUAGCGGGGAAGACAAUAUCAAUUGUAUUAACCGGAACAAUCAGACCUAUUUUGUGCCUGUGCAUUUCUUUUACAUAGGCGAGCGGAAUAUCCAAUUUAUGGAUCUCCAUUACGACAAUAAUGGACCGCGUUGGCUUGCAGUUGGCACUACAAUACGUCAAUUUAAAAUCUAUGAUAUUGCGAACUGGUCGAAACCUUUUAUACUGACACAAGACCCUAUCUGCAAUCUGUACAUGGCUACUUUAGCCUGGUCUCCUAUUUGGGAAACACUAGUCGUCAGCAGCUCACACUUUAGUCGUUCGAUAGCAGUUAGUGUGUCGGGAAUACAAUUCGAGCACAGGACCCUUGAUGGAACACUGACGACAAUACGUGACAUGCACUCGAAUUGUCAGCAAAAUCACAUGGUGUUCGUAACGGACAACGGUGACCUAGUGUUCCUGGAUGUGCGAGACCUCAACUGUGGUCCUGCACUGCUAAAGUCCACGGUCAACACACGGGCCGUAUCCACCACCGAGCUGCAUCAUCUGGGCGAGACUACUCCCAAGCCCAAGGAUCCCAUCAGUGCAGAGGAGUUUAUCCGGGACUAUGGGGUGCAAAUCAAUCCGCUGGUGCCUGAGCCCCAUAGUCGAAAAUCCGCAUACCUGAACGCCCAGCGUCGACCGCAAAACAUACACUCCCUGGCCCUGACUAGAUCCAAUUGCGUUCGUUGCAAUUGGAAUUCGCCUGCCCACACUUGGGUGGCCAUUGGCGCAGAACACGGCAUGCUGCGAAUCCUCAACUUCGAGCGGGACAAAUUCUUCUAAAGGAUUUCUCCCACACUUUUCUCUGGCAACUGAAUGUCUUUUGAACAAGCAUCAUCUGAGAUUAUAAAUUAUUGUUUUACCAUAUAAGGUUACUAGUUAUAGAACUCGUCUUAGGGCAGUUAAAUUAUGAUCUAAAAUUGUUUAUAUAUAAUUUAUUUAUAGUUGUUGUAAAAAUAUAUAUAUUAUAUAUUUUA